GGAUUCAUUCAAAAACUGAUUGUGUAGCAAAACAGAUGUUUAAGUUAGAGUUGCUUCACUUUCGAUCACGCACCGUAAUGAUCAAGUGAAUGUUACGGGAAUCGAUACAAUAUGAUUAUUUGUCAGUUAGCUAGAUGAUAUUCAAAUUUGUAAUGUGCUAUAAAAAAAAUUGUUUCAAUCUAUACUUUUGCAUCAUGAGACUUUGAAGAAAAAAUAUAACUGCAGCAAACACCCGAAUGGACGAAAGACGAAAGAUUUCAAUGAAAUUAUUACUUAUAUAAAGUGAAUGAUAUGUGAUAAAAUUCUUUUCUUAUAUGUUAUAUAAAUAAAUAUGAAAAAAUAUUUAUUAUUUACCUAAAGAAACCAACGCCCAACUUGGAAAAUAAAAUAUUCAACAUAUUUUCUGCAUAAGCAAAUAUUUUACGAGUUCAGAAUGAUACGAAGAUUUGAUAAAUCAUUGUGAACCAAUUCGAACGAAUUGAAUAUUUCUAAUGAGUAAAAUCAAUAUUUAUGUUUCAAAUAUUUUACAUAAGUCGUAUUACUACAAUUGUGAUAUCAUUUUGCAUAAAGUGAAUAACGUCGAAAAGUUUUAUAUUAAAAUUUCUGUGCGAUCACAAAGGAACUGAGAAUUCAAUCGAAAAUGCGUGAUUUAUUCAAAUUGUUCGAUCGACGUUAUAGCGCCGUUAAUAUUAGUGAUGCAAGUCCGCAGCCAAAUGCAAAUAACAACAAUAUGGCCGAGGAAAAUUUGCAAUAUUUACAACAGAUUGACUUCAAUCAUCGACAACGAAAAAAAAGUUUACAAGCUAGUCGAUCAUUAAAACAGGGAUUUACGAUUGUUGAUUCGUUCUUCAGCCAACGCAAAGGUGGAAAACGUUAUCCAAAAUGUGCAUUUCUACUACUGGCUGCGGGACUUUGUGCUAUUGGUACAUCCAUCGCAAUAUUUCUGCUUCAGCCGUAUGAUGCGAUUUUCAGAUGGAAACUGAUCUUCGGUGAGGGCGGUGAGAUAUUUUCACUAUGGAAAACUCCACCAGUUGAUAUCUAUAUCAAAAUUUAUUUGUGGAAUAUAACAAAUAGUGAAGCUUUUCUUAGUGGGAAUGAAAAAAUGAAACUUGAGGAAGUCGGACCAUACGUCUACAGAGAGGCAUUAUCUCACAGUGAUGUCACAUUUAAUAAUAACGGAACUGUUUCGUCUAUUCCAAAGCAUCCCUUAAUUUGGGAUGAAGAACGAUCGAUGGGAAAUAGAGAAGAGGACGUAUUCAUUCUACCGAAUAUUGCACUUCUGAGUAUUGCUCAAGUGGCAUCGGAAAAAAAUUAUUUCUUACGACUACCCAUUAAUUUGGUAAUAAGACAAACCAACAGCCAAUCCAUAGUAAAUGUUACAGCCAGAGAAUUUAUGUUUGGAUAUGAAAGUCCCCUUACAACAUUAGGCAAUCAGUUCCUACCUGAUUGGAUAUAUUUCGAUAAAGUGGGCCUAAUUGAUCGGAUGUAUGAUUUUGUUGGGGAUUUCGAAACUUUCUAUACUGGAGAAACAGAUCCGAGCAUUUCGGGCCUCUAUGAUACAUUUAUGGGUUCCAAAUACUUGAAACAAUGGGAAAAUGAACACUGUAAUAAAAUCAAUGGUGCUAGUGAUGGAACAAAAUUCAAAAGUUUCAUAAAGCCAGAUGAGGAGCUGUUAUUCUUUAGGAAAAGUAUGUGCCGACCACAAAGAUUGGUGCGAGUCGAUAAUGCUACAAUUAAAUCAGAUCUUGAAGCAUACAAAUACAAGUUCGAGGCAAAUGCUAUGGAUAAUGGUUUUGUUGAUGAAAGAAACAAAUGCUUUUGUCGUGAAGGCUACUGUCUUCCAGCAGGAUUACUCGACAUUAGUCCAUGCUAUUAUGGCUUUCCAAUUGCUUUGAGUUAUCCCCACUUCCUUGAUACGGAUGAAAGAGUGGGUGAACACGUAAUGGGAAUGAAACCCAAUCGAAGUCAGCAUGAAACUUAUUUUUAUGUACAACCGACAUCUGGGAUGCCCUUGGAGCUCAGUGUGAAAUUUCAAAUAAAUAUGGCUAUGCGCGACGUGAGCAAUAUGGCUAAUGUGGAGCAGUUUUCGAAUAUUGUCAUCCCAAUGCUGUGGUUUGAUAUUACCCUGGAAAAACUCCCGGAGUCAUUGAAGAAUAGGUUCAACAUUUAUCUCAACAUUUUGCCCGUACUCGUUGAUGUUGGUCAAUACGGUUUGUUUGUGGCUGGCACAAUAAUGUUGUUAUUCGCAAUAGCACGAGUUACUAUGAAAUUAUCUAAUUCAAUUCAACCAUCGCAUAAAGUAUCAAAGCAACGGAAGUAUUCUAGCAUUUAUCCCGAUAUGAUCCAACGUUUAGGCGAUGUGGAAAAAGUAUUUGAAUUAAGUGAGAAAUCCAAGAAGAACAGUAUAAGUCGAGCAGAUCUACUAUAUGACGCAGAAUCGAGUUCAGAAAAGAAGUUCAUGCUAGAUGAUGAACCAGCCAUUUCUGAAGAUGAAGGAUCAGACAGCGAUUCAAAAUCAAAUUGUGACAACGGCUCAAUUGGAGACAAUGGGCUUAUGAAUUUGAACUCAUCAGAGCUGCAUGGGUGGCGGAUGGGAGCCACAUCUUCCUGCAUCAAUGAUAUUGCCAAUGAUGAUUUUGUGCCAAUUUUAAAUAUUGAAGAGUAUGCAGACGAAGAAAAUGACGAAGUGGACUUAAUAGCCAACGAAAAUCUAACGAUAGCCCAGUCAUCCAACAUGUUAUCCGUCCCAGCAAUUCGUACAAGCGUAUCAGAUACCAGUAUAUCGAACAUAUUAGAUUUCAUAGGAACCAAUAGUGAAAUGAAAGAAAACGCCUCCCUUUCAGUCCCACUGCGACGCCCGUCUGCUUAUGAAUUGAAAUCUUCUGGAUCUGAUGUCAGUAUAUCAUUUUUCUUAGACCGUGAACAGAUCAGCGACAUGUUUGAUGAAAACACAUUUGCAAAUGUUAAUACCAAUGUUCUGGAUGAACGAAAUAGAAAAAAGUCAAACUCAAAUGUCACAUUCCAGUUAGAUGAAUAGAAUUGGAAGAUAUAUUUUUUAAAACUGCCCCAUACAUAUUCUAUGCUGUACCAGACGUGUGCAAGGUCAAAAAUUCUAGGGGGGGUAAAAUGAUAUGGGGGGGGUCUGCAAAUUUAUAAAUGGGCGUGAAAAAAAAAUGAAGACCUAAAAAAAAGGUCCUCACUUCUGAAAAUCGAUUAUAUCUAGUGUCAAAUUUUCCAAAUCGCUGGGGGGUCCACAUUUUGGAAUCCUAGAUGGGGGGUAAAACCGGAAUACCCCCCCCCCCCUGCACACGUGUGUGCUGUACUGAAAGAAGAAUGUGCCGCGUACAGCAUACGCUCUCAUGGCUAUGGAUGUGUAAGCAAAUCAAAGCUCUGCGUUAUAACUAAUUGUUGAAUAUAUUAUUUUUAAAAUCAAAGUAUUCUGUUCUGCUAAUCAUUUUACGUUGAAAAUCUCUUCGACAACAGCAGUGGGAUUAAAUUAAUCAUUUUCAUUGUUAAA